CCAGUGUACCACGAUAUUCCGGUCUGUGUUUUGACUGCCAACCGUCACCAUACGAUCAAGAUCAGGGGGUCCUCUUUUUUCUUUUAAGGAAAAAGGAGGGAUUAUUAUUGUGAUAGGGGUGCGGACUGCGGAGCUAAGAUAUACCGCAGAGGGAUGAACCGAAGAUCCAAACCAGUAUAACCCAAGGGCACGAAAUUAGUACCCAUGCACGGCCAAAACCGGUACCCCCAAAACGACAGAUCAUACGGUGGCGGUUGGGAACACUAUGUUUCUCCUGAAGGCAUGGAGGACUACGGCUUUCGGGUUAUAUGGCUUCACACAGUUUACAAAAGCAGGCUUCCAGGAACAUGCCAAGAAAUUCAAAGAAGAAGAUAUGCAAAUUUCUAUGGAAGGAAAAAAUUGCAUGGUCACAGGUGCUAAUUCUGGCAUUGGUUAUGCUACUGCAGAGGGUCUGGCUUCACGUGGUGCAACGGUUUAUAUGGUCUGUCGCAGCAAGGAGAGGGGAGAGACUGCCCUCUCUAAAAUCCAAUCAACGACGGGUAACCCAAAUGUCCAUCUGGAGGUUUGUGAUCUGUCGUCCAUCAGCGAUGUUAAGUCAUUUGUGUCUAGAUUUUCUUCAGAGGAGAAGGCACUUCAUGUUUUAGUUAACAAUGCUGGCUUGCUGGAGCCCAACCGAGUUACCACAGAAGAAGGAUUGGAGUUAAACUUUGCUGUUAAUGUAGCAGCAACAUAUACUCUUACAGAACUAAUGAUGCCAUCAUUGGAGAAAGCAGCACCUGAUGCUCGGGUUAUUACAGUUUCUUCUGGUGGCAUGUACACAACACCUUUGACUGAGGAUUUGCAGUUCAGUGAAAGCAAGUUUGAUGGGGUGCUACAAUAUGCCCGAAACAAGAGGGUUCAGGUAGCAUUAACUGAAAAGUGGGCCGAAACUUACAAGAGCAAAGGGGUUAGCUUCUACUCGAUGCAUCCAGGCUGGGCUGAUACACCUGGAGUAGCGAAAAGUUUGCCUGGUUUUUCAGAGAAGUUAUCAGGGAAGCUUAGGACAAGCGAGGAGGGUGCAGACACGGCGAUUUGGUUGGCCUUACAACCGAAGGAGAAGCUGGCAUCCGGUGCAUUCUAUUUUGACCGUGCAGAAGCACCUAAACAUUUGCUAUUCACGGGGACAGCUAGGUCACAUGCUGUCAUUGAUACCAUCGUUGACAAACUCCGUGACUUGUGUCAUCUCCCUUUGUAAAUUUAAGCCUCUGUUAUGUCAAGCUUGAGUUCCAAUGGCUCUAAUGGAGACGAUGCAUUGUAGUGUAUUUGGAUCAAAUCCAAAUGAAAAUUGGUCAAGAAUAGAAAAAAGAAAGUAAUAGUACGAUGCUGUAGUGAACAGUAUAAAGCAAAGAAAGUAAUAAUAGUGCAGUGUGAUGUUUGCUCGUUGGUUCGUA